AGCCGCAAACAGUAAGCAGUCGUGAUAUUACAUUAAACGUCGAAGCGAGAUAUUUACGCAAAUAUCUAACAUAGUAUAUUUCAUUUCCUAGAAAAUAUAAAUAGUCAAUGACUAAGUGGUUUUAUUUGCAUUCCUAUUAAACAAAUAGGAUCAGUUACAUUUCAUCAAAACGAUUAAUAAAAAAUUUAGGAACAUGUGACAGUGAAGUUGGGGAAAAUCUUAUAGAAAUUACGAGUUCUAAGUCUAAAUGAUGUGUCCCGUAAAGUAUAUUACUCUCGAAGAAAAACUAAAGAAAAAUCCAGAACUAAAGUUGUCAGACAUACAGAUUCUAAAUAAGAGAAUGAUGCGAAAAAUAACCGCAUUUGCCGAAAAUCCAAGACUUAGAGCUCGCUAUAUUUCUAUAUCUCAGUUGCUGUCAUAUAUAGACGAAAAACACAAUCGAGAAUUACUAUACUUAUAAAAUUUACAUACUGGAAAUAUUCUCUAACAGAGACAUACUGAAAGUGAAACGACUGCAAAAUGCUUUUGAAGUCAUUCGGAGAAAUUGCGGAAGAAAACGCUGGCACAGUGAAUCUAUAAAUCGAAGUCACGUUGCAUAUGCGUGCUCUAUAAAUCACGCUUUGCAGGGAUUGCAAGAUGCGGGGAUUCUUCAAGUCGCAGCUCUCAGCAUCUCGUUUCCGUGAACCGGGUUCGUGAUAAUCACCUGCGUUCAAUUCGCGAGGGGGUUGAUGUGGCUGCGCCACAUCAUCAACCCCGUCGCAGCAUCCACGGCGGUGCACCGUACUCUCACGUGGACAGCGGAGCAUGCGCGCGUUCCACGCUUACCUGCAAAUGUAUAAAAGACUGCUUGACGAGCGCAUCGGGCUCAGUUUGACCCCGUAGCCCGAAGGAGGUCGUCCUGCCGAGCAGGAAGAGCAUCCCGACAGCUAGACGACUUGAUCUUGAGCGAGCAGUCGCGGUCGAUCAGUCAAUUGGCCGGUCGCGCGAGAAAGCAGUGAACAAUUGACGGGAACAGUGCGAGAAUUCCUCGUGACGCAUAACGAGUGCUCUCUCGUCUACUUCCCAGCCUAGAUCCCAGCGCGGCUCCACGCGGAAGAUACGCGCGGAGAACAACGCGAUCCACCACGGCUGGAAUAGUCGUACACACGGUGGUGCAAACGGCGUCCGGUUGGCAAUUAAGAUAUACGGUUGUGGAAGUGUGAACGCACGGUAGAGGGGACAUUUCGACGCCAACUUUGCGAAGUAACAUCCGCGAGAUCGUCGGCGUAUAUAAUCGCACAAUAUAUGCACGGAGGCAAGCGAUCUAGAGCGGCCAGUAACGCGCGACGAGUGUUAUCGUCUCGCAUCAUCGCAUCCGGAUCACCUUUCCGUGCGCGUACAUAAGCAUACGGAGUGCUGACCCUCCGUCCGCUUUUGAAAGCGCGCGAGAUCCUGAGCCAGGGUCAUGGAGGACUCCACGCGGCUGACCGAGCUGAGCGACAGCCGCCAACACCAUCACCGGCGUCACUACCAUUACCAUCAUAGUCACCACCAUCGUGGUAGAACGUCCGUGAGCGAAUUAGGCGACGACGAGUGCAGCACCGACAGCGGCUGCAGUAGUGGCGGCAGUACCAGCAGCGGUGAACGCCUGUCUCGUCGGGACAGCGACGAGUGGCCCGGCAGGUCGGCCAGGUCGCUAAGAAAUCACUGCUACCUGGAACGGCUGCGGGCGACCGGACGGUCGACGCGGUCACAGGACCGCGGCGACGGCGUGCAGCGUUCGUCGGAGCGCGCCUGGAGCCCGGAAGGCGUGAGAAGUUUACCCCGAGGGGGCAUCUCGCCCUCGUCUUACUCCUCCAGCCCGUCGGACGCGCACAGCGGCAGCGACAGCGACUUCGCCAAGAGACUCUUCACCACGGAGACUCUAAGACGGGCGUUUCAAAACCUGAAGAUCACCUCGUCCAAGUGGGACAGCGCGAAGGAGAAGAAGCAGGCGAAGAAGAGCCCGAAGAAAAUCCUGCGCAGCCCGGUAUCCUACAUGUACGUGCGGGGUCUGUCCGGCCUGCCAACCCAGAGAGUCCCCAGAAACGGCUUCCAGCAGAUACAGCCUUGCUCCUGCCAAGACUUGAUCGGCCUCUAUCGGUAAAUCCUGGUGUCAAAAAGAGAGAGGGUGAUGGGGGGCUGAGAGGAAAAAGAGGGCUUGUCUGCGGGAGGACGGCGCGAGUCACCAGGUCAUCAAGUCAUCUGCCAAAAGAGAAGACCAAGGCAGAAGGAAGGAGAAAAACUCGUGUUAGGGAACACGACGAAGUGUCAAUCUCCUCGUCGUGAUCUCUCCUCGCUGGUUUCCGCGCGCGAAUCUCACCGCUGCUUCCAGACUCUUCGUAGGUCUUCUCACCGACCUCUUGGUUCAUCCACGCGAAUAUCCUUGACUUGCGAGGCGCAUUCUUGCAUUGCAAAGUAGCACAAGUUCUCGAUCCACUCCCGAGAAGUUCGACUAGGGCAAAACACUUGGCUAUUGACAUUCCCUUAGUCACUGACAUUUUAAAAAUAUCUGGUUUUUCUUGCGACGAGCGACAUUUGUUCGCUGUUAUACUUGUGAAGUUAAUUAAAAGAUCCUCUUUUGGGAUCGCUCUUUUAGAGCGCAGAACAGAAGUUUAACUGCGACGUUGGUCGCAAGAAAAAUUAGAUUUCCAUAGAGUGUCAAUAAUUGGGUGCUUUACCCUAGCACUAUUGCGAUGUGUUCUCCAACGAAGCGUAAAAAAUGGAGAAUGUCUAGCCAUAUGAGCAUGCAGACUGAUAGAUUUAAUGUACAUUCAUUCGUACGUACACACUGUCGUUGAUCAAUAAACUAUGUAGGAUUUUAUUCGGUCAAGCUAUUAUCUCUUCGUUCUGUCUCGCGCGAGAAUCUCCAGCGCCGACUACGAGAGAUUUUCUAAUGGACGUUAAGAGAAUACCACACAAAGUGGAUGACGAAUUCCAAAAAUGUCGAUAACGUAGAAGUGAUCGUCAGGCGUGAAGAAUCAUGCAAAUGAAGCAUAUCACUAUUCCAAGCUUCAGUCCUUCACACUUUCUCCCCUUUCUCACGAGAAUAUUCGGCGUUAUUAGCUUUUGAAGUAGAGUUUAGCCAUCGGAAUGUUAAGAAUGUUAAGAACUUGUGUCAAAAAGAAGAAAAAUUCAAGAGUUCGGAUUUCGAGUUUCCGAAGUGUCAUCGAAUGAGACACUGAGGAGACUUCUUUCGAACCACCGUACAUUUUGCGCGACGGUAUAUAUACUUGGUUUCCAAACUAUACUUAGUUAUUUUACUUAUUUAACUAUAUUUUGUUUGAACACUUUUCUUCAAUACAAUUUAGAGCAUAGCUCACUGGUCCGAAAAAAGGGCAAUAAGAGCUAGUUGCAGGUUUAAUUUGCAUAUACAUAUACUGUAUACUACAUACAGGUGCAAAUUAUUUAUAUAAUUAAUAUGCAAAAUUAUAUAAAUAAUUUGUACCUAUGUUUGUUGUAUGUUUGUUAUAUGUGUUUAUUAUGUUUGUUGUAUGUGUGUUACAAGAUAUAUAUGCAGUAUAUAUAGCUUAAAUAUAUAUGUAUAUAUAUAUAUAUAUAUAUAUAUGUGUGUGUGUGUGUAUAUAUGUAUAUAAAUACAUAUAUAUGUACAAUAUAUAUAUAUAUAUAUAUAUAUUUAAAAAAAAUAUAUAUAUAUACAUAUAUAUUUAUAUAUAUAUAUAUAUAUAUAUAUAUAUAUAUAUAUAUGUAUAUGUAUAUGUAUACAUAUAUAUACAAGGUGUCUAAAAAUUUAAGAUAUAUCCGUCGAGCAAAUUUCGCAAUAGUUGAACAAUAUGUGGGAAUGAGAACAUGACUAGACUUAAAUUAGUUAUUGAGGAAUCAAUUAAACAAUAUAAGCGCAGAGAGAGUUUAAUUUCUUCCGAAUUAACCGGGAACAAGUUCUCUCAUUGGGCCAUCGAGAAAAAAGUAUCUACACCGUUUUGAAACCAAGUGCCCAGGUACAUUCUUUAUACAUCUUUUCUGUUCCACAUGUGUACAUGUGUAGCCGAUCGGCUGAUUACACUAUUUGACUUUAUUUUGCCCUACAAGAGUGUGAACAGUCACAUUAAAAUAAUAUCAUAAAUAAACUUAAUCAAUUUUAUAUGCGUGCGUUUGUCUUUAUUUUGAAUAAUAACAUAAUCUGUAUUAUAAAGCAUGUGAAACUACUAGUAAGUACUACUAGUAAGUAUUUUUUAUUUACUUAGUUUUUAUCUUACUUAUUAAUUAUAUUAUAUAAGUACAAAAAGCUCUUACUUUCUGUACAAUAUAAUAUUAAGAAAUAAUUAAAUAACUUUUUCCAUUUAUGACAUAGGAAAAAAAUGGCCAACUUUGAAUAACUAUAUCUCCAAUUCAAAAAAUCGUACAGCAACGAAAUUAAACGCAUUUUAAAGUUUAAAGUUCAUAUUUUCUUAUGUCGUUAAUUUAAGAAAAAAUAUUUUUAUUACUACUUUAAUGUCAUGAAAUCCUUCAAUAUCGUCGUUUUUUGCCCACUUUACUCCAUUUUUCCUCAAAAUCGUAUAAUAACCAAAUUUAGUCCACGGACUUAUGUUUAGCGAUAAAAAAUAAGUAUAAAAGUAUAAGAAAAGAAAUAUUCACUCUCGUAGGGCAAAACAAGAGGUCAAGAUUUGUCGAACAAAUCGUUAUCAAUUACGUAAGUGCAGCGUAUUGAGCUGAUCGGGCUAAUUGGCUGACGUAAUUGCGCAACGUGUAAUUAUUAUUGUCAGCGAGAAGAAGCGCGCGUCACAGAUGUGUUUUCAAAAGGAAAUCCGCCCGACUGGCGGGAACUGAUUAAUCCUAAAUAAAAAGAAAGAACGGUACAAAACAUUAAAAAAGAACAGAAAAAUAUAAAAAAAAUGAAAAAUGGAAAAAAAAACAGUAGUUAAAAGGUUACACUUGCGUACAAGUCGCGAUCUACGUGAAAAAGGAAAGAGAGAGAGAAAACGAGAGAAUGAAAAAGCGAGAGCAAAGAGAGAGAGAGAGAGAGAGAGAGAGAGAGAGAGAGAGAGAGAGAGAGAGUCCGCCAAAUUCCCGAGUUGGGAAUCAACGUGUGAAAGAACGUCUGUGCGAUUCAUCUCUAGUGCCUUGUAGAUAUUCCCGACACGUGAUUGUACGAUUAGGUGUUAUCAAUGAACGAGGAAUGUUUUGUAUCGUUUUAUCUAUGUCGAACAUAAUUUACGUUACAAAUAAACGUUUUUCAUUCUA